GAGAGCGCCAGUCUGAUAAGAUGCUCGUGAGCGUGUGUGUCGAGCGUCCGUGUUGAAACGAUUUUUUUCGCUGCGUGCUAAAAAGGCGCAACAACAACGAUAACGAACACCGCCUCACUCCUCCCCCCCCAAAAAACAAAAUACAGACAUUAAAUAAUAAACAAUAAAAAACAAAUAAGUGAAAGAAGCAUUAACAAAAUUGAAUCCUAAUAAGAAAGAGCACAGCAUGGCGCCGCUGCUGCCAAUGCCCAGCAAUGGCUUUGGCUUGAACUGUUACUGGUAUUCCCAGCUCACCUAAAGCCACCUAAACUGAGAGAGCGAGCGAGCGAGAGAGUGAGAGCGCGCGCUAGAGAGCGAGCGAGUGCCAAAGCCAAAGAGAGAGCGGGGCAAGAGAGUGAGUCUCUUGCUUGGCCAGCGCACAGCGAUGGGUCCAAAGAAGCGUUCGAGCGUCGCCGAGCGACAGCAGCGCUCCACAUCGACGGCAACCGCAAGCGCGACGGCGACGUCAACGUCAACGCCAACAGCAACGUCUCCAGCGACAGCAGCGUCGACGACGACGACGUCAGGUGCUUCCACGACGACAUCCUCGACGUCGACGUCGACAUCAGUGUCGAAGAAGCGUCACGGCGGCAAGCAGCAGAAGUUGACAACAGAUGAUGCCGACGACAAUAAAAAGCCGAGUGGCAAAUCGGAGGCAGCGACAAAGCGGGCAGCAACCACAGCUGGCAGCACGGAUAAAUCGGAUAAGUCGGAUAAAGCGAGUAGCUCGUCGCAGCUUAAGCUAACGGCCGAGGAGCGUCAGGAAGAUGGCAAAGCGCGGGCCAUCAACAAAAUGCUCAAGAGUCUGGACAUCAAGAUCCAUGGCUUCGACAAUCUGCUGCCCAGCGGCGAGGAGCGCAUGAGCGAAGGUCUCAAGUCCUCCAUAUCGGAGAAUGUGAAGACCAAAUCCCGUGCAGCUGCGGUGAAAGUGAUUGCCAGCCUCAAUCCCGGCAAGCCGAUAAAUGUGAAGCGACAGCGAGUGGAGCACGAUAGCAGCAAGGCGGAGAAGGAGAAGGAAAAGGAGCGAAAGCGUGAGCAUGAGAGAGAGAAAGAGAAAGAAAAGGAGAAGGAAAAGGAAAAAGAAAGGGAGAAGGAGAAAGAAAAAGAAAAGGAAAAAGAAAAGGAAAAGGAGAAGGAAAAGGAAAAGGACCUAGACAAGGAGAAGGAUAAUAGCAAAGACAAAGAGACAGUCAAAGAAAAGGACAAAGACAAAGAAAAGGACAAGGACAAGGACAAAGUAAAGGAGACAGUAUUAGGCGAGGGCAAGGAUCAAGAAUCUCUCAAGACCAGCAGCAAGCACUCCACGGCGAAAAAGGCCAAAUUAGAGGCGCCACAGCCACAGACGACGACGCCGCCCAGUAAAGUGAGCAAAGCCUCGAACAAGAAGCCGACAACAACUGAAACGAAAAAGGAGAAGGCGACAACAGCGCGUCAAAGCAGCAGCAAAGCGAGCAAAAAGACAGCAGCAACAACACCAACAGCAGCAGCAGCCAGUUCAGCAACUGCAAGUGCAACAGCAGCAGCAACUGCAACAGCAGCCACAACAGCAACCACAUCAGCAACCACAACAACUUCUGGGGCAGUAAAAGAAGCAAAUAAAACGCGUGCGCAACUCGAUUCGAAUACGGAAUCAGUGCAAAUGGAACUUGAAGAGAUUGGCUGCACAUCGACGCCAGUGGAAACAACAGCAGCCACAUCAGCAACACCAACAGCAACAACAGCAACAGCAACAGCAGCAACAACGAAGCAGCGGCCAAAGAUCAAGUACAGUAAAACAACAGCGAGCAAAGCGCGACUGCAGCAGGCCUGCAGUAAAAGUUCGUUAAGUGCGCUAAAUGCGGCCAAGGAUAUUUACGAUUUCAAAUCGGGCUCCGACGAUGAGGAGCCCAUCAAAAUGGUGCUGCCAACGCUGAAGGAGUUGCGUGAGUUUUCCGAUGAGGACAACAAGCCGCUGAAGCUGCUCGAGUUGCUGAAGCAGCAGCAAAAGUUGUUGGAUAAAAAGGAGAUCAAAGAGGAGACAGCAACAACAGUAGCUGCAACAGCAGCAACCACAACAACAGCAACAGUUGUGGCAACAACAGCAGCAGCCACAACAACAGCAGCCACAACAACAGCGACAACCACAGCAGGAACAUUAACAACAACAGCAGCAGCAACAAAAGAAGAGACUGCUGCCGCAGCAAGUGUUGCAAGUGAGACGCCAGCAACCACAACAACAACAACAACUACAACAACCGCUAAAGGUGCAAACAAGAAGCAAACAAAACGCAAGCUGCAAACACCAACACCCACAACAGCAACGGCAACAACAGCAGCAACCACAUCAGUAACAGCAACUUGUACAACAACAACUAGCAGCCACACAACAGUAGCAACUGCUGCACCAACAACAACAACAACCACAACAACAGCGGGCAAAAAGAAGCCAGCGGGCGGGAAAUCAAAAGUGUUGCAACCGCCGCCGAGCGACAGUUCGCAUACGGAGAGCAGCGACUCGGAGUUCGAGAAGAAGCUGAGCAGCUACGGGGCCAAGCGGCAUCGCAUGGCAUCGCUGAAUGCCCUGGCCAAGGUGCAGUGCCUCUAUGAGAAUGAAUCGCGGACCGCACACGAGUUGGGAUUGUCGAAGGCAACGCAACAACCGCCUCGAAUACGAACGCUCGAUGGCAGCGACGAUGACAACAACAAGUCGGAGUUGCAGCCACCCGAAAAGGACAGGGAAAAGGAUAAAGACAAAGAGAAGGACAAGGAAAAAGAGCGCGAUAAAGAGAAGGAAAAGGAUGUGGAAAAGGAGAGGGAGAAGGAGAAGGAGCGCAACGAACGCAACGAGACGCCGCCGGUGAAAGAGUUGGAGCCGCGUCGCGAGUUGAGGAACGUGACCGGCGGACGUGGUGUGGGCAAGCAUUGGGAAUUCGACAGCGACAGCGAGGCGGAGGAGCUGCAGCUGCAGCGUAUUGUGCAGCAGAAGAAGAAGAAGCUGCAGAAGAAAACACCGGCCAAGAAGCAGGAAACGGAAACGAAACGUGGUCCGAAGGCGCAAAAGAAAGCAACGCUGGUCGAGGACACCGACGACGAUGACGAACACGACAAGGAACCGCCCGAGAAGAAGGACAAAGACAAAGACAGAGAUAAGGACAAGGACAAGAGCAGGGAGAAGGAUAAAGACAAGGACAAGGAGAAGGAUAAAGAGAAGGAUAAGGACAAGGUGAAGGCGACACCCAAACAGCUUCCGAAGAAACGUAAAAGCGCCUUCACCGAGGAACUAAUUGGCGACUACAAAGGCAUUCUGGCACGCAAGCGCAUGGCCAGCCUGAAUGCCAGCGCCAUUGUUGCGGCCACCUACGAGGUGGAGCGACAUCUGGACAAGAAUUUGGCCAGCGAUUGCAGCAGCUUCGAGAGCUACGACGAGCUGGAGACGGCCAAGGCGAUCAGCAAAACAACCGCAGCCAAGGCGGCCAAGCAGCAAGCCGAACUCCACAUCAAAAAGGAGCCCAAGGAUGGCUCGAGCAAGGAGCGUGAACGGGAACGCGAACGGGAACGGGAAAGGGAACGAGAAAGGGAACGCGAGAGGGAACGCGAGAGCAAGGAGCUGAAAGAGCAACGUGAGGCCGCUGCGAAGCCGCAGAGCAACAUGAUCGAGGAGAGCAACGAUUCCAAGUACUCCAAGGAGACCAAGGAGACGAACACGGACACCACAAUCACGACGACCGGAUAUCGCGGCGAUUCGAGCAGCGCCAAGGAUGCCAAGGACUGCAGUCGCCCAACCUCCUCGAGUGUCGUCAUCGUCCAGGACACCGACGUAACCAUCACCGGUGUCUAUGUGAAUGCCAGCAACGGUGCCGCCCAGGAGGCCUACUGCAAGAUGCAGUAUCGUGUCCAGUCCAGCGUCACCGAGGAGCGUCUCUUGCGUCCCGGCUCGGUGGAACCUCCGAAAUCCUACACGCCGCUCAGCGCCCUGUCGAGCAUGUUGCCACCGGGAGCCAGUUCAGGACUUAGUGAAGCUCACAGCUCGCCACCGCUGCCCGUGCAACCGCCGGCGCCGCACGUUCUGCUGCCCGGCGAGCCGCUCAGUGCGGGGAUGUACCACGCCCCCGAUCUGGGGCUGCACACGGAGCACGCUCCGCCGGAUCAUCAUGGGCCACCGCCGCCGUCGUAUGCAGCGGCAGCCGCAGCAGCAGCGGCCGCUGCCGCCGCUUAUCAUGCGCAUCAGCUGGCGCCCUCUGGCGGCGGCGUCUUGCACAUGCAUCAUCAGCAUCAAUAUGCGGCUGCUCAUGCGGCGCAUGCGGCGCACGCUCAUCACUAUCAGCAGGCUGCCGAGUAUCAUGGCGGCCUGCCGCCACCGCCGCCGCCACCGCAUCAUUAUGGCGGACCACCGCCGCAGGCUCAUCACUAUGGCGGUCCCCCGCCGCCGCCCGUUGGUCCGCCCCCGGUGCCGCCGGAUCGCUGUGAUGUCGGCUCGCCACCGCCAUCGUAUCGGGCGAGCGCUUAUCCACCGCCUCCGGCUGCUGGGCCACCGCCCACUUUGGGGGGCGGUUCGAGUGCGUUUUGUGCUCCGAAUCCGCAUCAUCAUCAUCAUCAGCAGCAGCAGCAGCAACAACAGCAACAACAGUCGCAGCAGCAGCCGCAUCAUGAUCCCAGCGGCUAUUAUCAGCCGGCGGGUCCGCUGAUCUCGCCGCAUGUUAUUGCGCCACCGCCGCCACCGCCAGCAGGUUCAGCCGCCGCAGCAGCCGCGGCAGCAGCAGCAGCAGCAGCGGCCGCAGCAGCCGCAGCAGCAGCGCAACAACAACAGCAACAGCAGCAGCCAAUUAAGAAGCUAGCUGAAGACGCUGCCACAGACGUCGCAGCAGCAGCCAGCGCUGAAGUUGAUCCAGCCACAGCGGCAGCAGCAGCAGCAGCGGCAGCACAACAGCAACAGCAGCAGCAACAAGCUUAUUCCGGUGCCAGCGCUGUGGCUGCAGCUGCAGCAGCUGCGGCAGCCGCACAUCCGGGCGUGCCGUAUCCACGCUCGAUGCAUGCAGCACAGAUGCACUAUUCGACAGCGUAUCCGCCCAACUAUUAUACACCGUAUCCGGGCGAGGUCAUGUGCUAUUCGCCGCCCGCCUAUCAGCCCUAUUUCUCCAGCAAGGUGUAUCAGAGCGGACCGCCGCCGCCACAAGGCCAUCCGGCUGCCCAUCCGCCGCCGCCGCCACCGCCGGGCGCCUAUCGUCGCUAUCCCUACUAUCAGCACGCUGCGCCACCGCCCGGCCAUCCGCCGCCACCCGAUCUCUACGAUCAACAGCCGCCGCCACAGCAGCAGCAACAACAGCCGCCAUCAUCGCAGCAGCAACCAGGCAGCGGUGUGCCAGCACAACAGCAAUCGCAGCAGCAGCAACCCGUUUCGGUUGCAGCCGCCGCGGCAGCCGCUGCCGCCGCAGCAGCAGCAGCAGCCGCAGCUGGGGCAACAUCAGCGCCAGCGGGCACACAAUUGGUGCCAGCGCAUCAGCCACAGCCCCAGCAUCUGGAGCAUUAUCCCGGACCGCCCAGCUACUACGCCGGCUACAGUCCGGGGGGCGGCAGUGCCGCCGGACAGUGCUACACGCGAGGACUGCAGGGUCCUUAUAUGGAAUAUCCGCCACAGUGCCCAUGUCCAAUGCAACAGUCGUGUCCAAAAAACGUCCAUACUGGGCCUCAUAUUGGUAGCAACAGCAGCAGCAACAGCAGCAACAGCAACAACAGCAACAGUUUCUCACACAAGACGAGCAACAGUUUGAUGCUGAGUACUACGAGCAACAGCAGCAGCAGCAACAGCAGCAACAUGCCUGUGUUUGGCAGCAAUACGAGCAGCGAGAGCAGCAACACAUUGACAGCCACCAGCCACAUUACAGCAGCAACAGCAACAACAACAGCAGCAGCAACAUCGUCGACGACAUCAACAACGCUGACUACCAGUAGGGGCCCAGUUAAAAAUGGCACCAACAACAACAAUAAUAUCAUAAACAACAACAACGACACUGAUAACAACAACACAAAGGUGAAUAACAGCAACAUGAAUAUGCGUGUUGCAAGCAACACAACAACAACGUUCGCCACACUGGCGACAACAACAAAAACAACAACAACAACGGCAACAGCUGGCACAACAACAACACCAACGGCAACGAACAACAUUGGCACACAGUGCCAAAUGCUGGUGAAAACCGAGCUGAAAACGUCGAGCGACGUCGACAACGGCAACGGCAAUGGCAAUGGCAACAGCAACAAUCACACGACCAAAAUGCAAUACGAGGCACACGUGAUGCCGCCGCCAACGCCGCCCGAAAGCUAUUGCGCCAGCGAUGACAAGUUGCUGGAGGAGCAGGACACAGAACCUCUGGAUCUGGAAGCGGAGCGAGAGCAACGCGUUGCCAAAGAUAUUGAAUCGUAUGAUUUAACGGGCAGCACGCCGCCGCCGCCGAUGGUGGCAAGCGUGAUGCCACGUAAAGCGCGUAUUGGCAAAAGCAUGGCCAGAGAGAUGGUCUAUGCAGCCCAGCAGCAGCAGCAGCAGCAACAACAGCAGCAGCAGCAACUGUUGCAGCUGCAAUUGCAACUGACGAAGCAAGCAGAAGCAGAGCCACAAUUGCCUUUUGUACUUAAAGCGGAAAUCAAAGCGGAAACGGAAACAAAACCAGAGACCAAAAUCAAAAUCGAGCACGAAGAUGCAACAGCAGCAGCAACAGCCACAGCAGCGGUAGCAACAGCAGCCAUAGCGGCAGCAGCAGCAGUAGCUGAGACAACAGCAACAUGCAACACACAUAUCAGCAAGCUGCACGAUCUGAAGCCAACAAUCAAAACCGAACCCGAAGCGGAGCUGGAAGCAACAGUUGCCAGCAGCAACAGCAAUGCGACCGACGACAACAGCAAUGGCAACAACACCAACAGCAAUGGCAUUGUUAAGCAGCGUCUCAAUUUGCUGUCGUCAACGUCGACAACAGCAGCAACAGCGACGGCAACGGGAGCAACCAAAAGCAAAACGCACAGCUACAAGAGUCUCAUCAAGCAGGCGGAGCCAAAGAAUUAUUUGUGUCCAGGUCGCAAAUUUGUGCGUCGCUACGGACGCACGCAAGCCAAGUAUGUGAAGCGUCGCCAAUUGGUGCUAACACAGCGACAACAGCAGCGACUACGCGCACAGCGACGCGAGCAACACUUGCAACAACAGCAACAGCAGCAACAACAGCAGCAGGCAACACAUGCGGCACAACAGACGAUGGCAACAACGAUGGCAACGGUGGCCAUUGGCACCAGCGACAUCUGCGAGCAAUCAACCUCGACAUUGGGGCUGCCCAGCGGCUGUUCGCCGAGUGCGUCGCCGAAGCGUGUGCGACCACGUAAGCAGGCGAUUGCAUCGCUGCAUCUGCUGGGCAGUCUGGACACGCAGCUGACGCGUGGCUACUUCAGUGAUCCCGAAUUGAACAGCACCAGCAGCAGCAGCAGUGGCAAUGUCAGCGGCAGCAGCGGCGCAGCCAACAAGCAACUUUAUGCGCCAGCAACACCAUCGCCGUUGUUGGCGGUGACGACGACAGCAACGUUGCCGCUGGCCGAGAAACGUUCCAAGUCGGAGACGAAAAAGCCGCUGGCAAGCGUGACGUUAGCAACGCUGCAGGCAACAGCAACAGCAGCAGCAACCACUCAGCAGCAACAACAGCAACAGUCUACUACCUCAGCUGGCGCGGAAGCGCCGCCGGCCAAGAAGGCGCGUAAGCAGCCAGCAAAGGUCAAGGCGAAGAGCAAACCUACAACAGCCAAGGGCCGCAAGUCUGCAGCAGCAACAGCAGCAGCAACAACAGUUGCUACCAGCACAGCAGCGACAGCAACAAUAACUGCUGCUGAGACCAACAACAAUGAGUAUCAAACGGCCGAUUUGCAGGCGCAAAAAGGCAGUGCCACGCCCACAGUGCCAGUAGCUGAUGCAACAACAACAACGAGAACUGCAACAGCAGCAGCAACCGCAACAGCAGCAACCACAGCAGCAAACACGCCGCCUCAGCAACAUUCCGAUGAGCAACACAAGUUCCUGGUGCCUCAAACGCCGCUCGAGUGCAUGUUAACAAAUGCGACCAUGCCCACAACCACGCCAACGCCCACAUCAACAGCUGCAACAGCAACAGCAACAACAGCACGCCAAGCGCAUGCAACAACGCACACAAAACGCGCGCGUUCGCGUUGCAAAUUUGGCAAUCGCAAGAAGCAGCGACAGCGACCCGGAGGCGUCAGCAACGAGCUAGACGAGACGCAGCCGCCGGCAACACGGGCCAAUGUGGUGCCAAAGUGGAACAACGGCUGGAUGUGGGAGGGCAAAGCGUUCCAAGGCGCCGUCUUUCUCAAUAGCGAUGAUCCUUUGGUGUUGCGCACUUGUUAUCCAGCGAUGCGACAUGUUGAGGGCGACAUCAUCAGGACCCGCGAUUGUGUGCUGCUCAAGGCGAACGAGGACAACGAGCUGCCCUAUGUCGCCAAGGUGGCGCAUCUCUGGCAGAAUCCCGAGGAUGGCGAGAUGAUGAUGUCGCUGCUGUGGUACUAUCGACCAGAGCACACGGAUCAGGGACGACAGCGUAACGAUUGCCCCGAUGAGGUGUACGCCUCACGGCAUCGGGAUCACAAUUCGGUGGCCUGCAUCGAGGAUAAGUGCUACGUGCUGACCUUUAGCGAGUACUGCAGAUAUCGUCGACGUCUGCGAGCGGCCGAAGAGGAUGUGGAGGAUGUGAGCAUUGUGCCGCGUCGCAGCAAUACGGCAAAUUGUUACACGGUGCGCACCGUGCCCGAUCACACUAAUCCGGAGCUGGUGAUGUUCUGUCGUCGUGCCUACGAGUUCCGGACGCGUCGCCUGCUCAAGUUGCCCCAAAAGAAUGCGCUCGUGUGCAGCUAGCGCCGAGCCAAACAACAAUCGCAACAACAACAACCGCAGCAACAGCACAAAGAAAUUGGAUUGGGUAUAGGAAUGGGAAUGGGAACGGAAAUGCAACUGGAGAUAGAGAUAACAAGAGAUGAUGAUGACGGUCAUGACGAAGACGAUGACGAGGCAAGAAAAGUGGAAGCAGAAAAACAAAAUGGAAAACUUAGGAUACGUAUGCUUCAUUAGCUUUUAAGAGGCGACAGAGGAUUAGAUCAAUCGAUGCUAAACCAACAAAGACAAAAGCAACACCUACACACACAAACACACACUCACACACACACGACCAAAAUGGGAAGAGGGCAAAAGAAAAUGCGAAAUGAUAGUUAAGGAAAUGCAAGAAACGGAUUUACAUUGUAUAUGUAAUUGUAAUUUACAUAAUUUAUUAUUUAUUAUGCGCCCAACGCACACCCAAAAAAAACAACAAAAACAAAAAAUACACCCCAACACACACACACACACACACGCAUAAUUUGUUAUUAAGUUAAAUGUAUUUAUUAUUGAGUUUAGUCAACAAUCUUAAGUUUCAUCUCUCAAUUAUUUUAUUCUACCUUUUUUUUUUUGUUUGUUAUUCUUAGUUUCAAUUCGAUUUCAUUUCAACUUCAAUUUGAAUUUCAAUUUCAACUGAAUACUACUCCACAAAAUUAAUGCUCAGGCAAAUCAACUUUGCGCACACGCUCUGCUAAAAUUGGAGAAUCAACAAAUCGUUGUUAAAAUCCACAGAAAGAGAGGGAAAAAGAAAGAGGAGGAGGAAAAAUAGAAGAGAAAAAGAAAAAACUUAACACAAUUCUACGCGCUGUUGGUUUUUUUGUUGUUAGUUUUUGUAAGCAAAAAAAAUAAAUAAAAGUAAAAGAAAAACCACGCAAGUGAAAAAAAGAAAGAAAUAAUAGAACGGAAUAGAGAAAGAGAAAGAAGAGAGAAAGAGAAAAGAAGAAAAACCUUAAGCAUGUUUGCAAAAUAUAUUUAAUUUUUUUCCUGUUUUUUUUUUUUUUUAGUUUAUGUUGAGCAAAAUACUUUGAGAAAUUUGAUUUCUGCAACAAAUUAUUCAUAGUUUUUUUUUAUACACACAUAUGAUUUAGACCAAAUUAAGUACAUAUACUAAACAGUUUUUUUUAUAUAUAUAAUUAUGUAUAAAUACAUAUAUAAAUAUAAAUAUAUAUACAUAUAUAUUCUUAACAUAAUUGAAGCACUAUCUUUAAGUUGCAUAACAAAAAUCCUUAAUAAACAAUCGAGAGAAAAACAAAAGAAAACAAAACAACAACAACUACAAGUCACAUACAUUAACAAGAAGUACUUUAACUAUAUUAUUUAAUUGUAAUGCUUAGCGUUUUUAGUUAGUAAGCAAUUGAGAAUCAUUUGUUUUAUACCAAAUACAAAUUAAUUUAUGCACUUAAUUUAAAAACACAAAACAAAAACACACACACACACACACAGAACACAACCAACACAUACAUAUAUACAGUGUAUUAUCUAUAUAUUAUAUAUAUUAUUAUUAUUAUUAUUAUUAUUAUUAAUAUGAUCAUUAUUAUUUUUUACUAAAUUCUUUUUUUAUGAUAUUAAAAGAAAAGCCCAUAAUAAAAAUCCAUUUUAAUCGAACACUCUUACAGACUCUUUUUUUUAGUUGAUUUAUUUUGUUUGGUAAAGAGAAAACAAAAAAGAUUUUUCUCUUAUAUUUUUUUAACUUUGAGCCAAACACAAAUAUCACAAGAAAUGUUAUAAAUUUUGAAACUUCCAGUAAAUUUAAUUAUAGGUUGAAUAAUGAUUGCAGUUCAGAAAUAUAAAUCCUUUUUUUUUUAAUAAUAUUUCAUAGAUCGUGUUAAAUUGCUAAAUUGAUACUGUUCAGGAAUAUCAACGAAGUCUUCUCAUAACUGGAAUUUUUUUUAUGUAAAAUUGUGUUGCAUACUUUUGGGCUGCUUAUUUUAUUUCGAUUGUAUACGAUUUGAGCUAGUUGAAGGUGUGCCAAGAAACUUAGUAGGAAGCAUAAUAAAAAAUAAAAAAAAGACAAGCAAACAUAUACACGUACAUAUUACAUAUAAGCAUGUAGGGGGCUAAAGUAGGCGUGUCAAGUGCUAUAUGUAGAGCGUUAGAGAGCGUAGUGAAGCGAAUACUCGAAUAAUCGAGUGUGUGUGUAUGUGUGAAAGAGGAACAUCCGAAGAAGAAGCAAAUUAAACACGUUCACCCACACACACUCACACAUACAAAUACACACACACAUACAUACAUACAUACGUACAUAUAAAGUAUACAUAAGUAAGUAUAUAGGGAGCAUAGCAGAAACAUAUGAAACAUGUAUACCAAAAAUACAAACAAAACUUAUAUAUCAAAAUCAAAAAAAAAACGAAAUAAAAAGACAGUUUACAACUCGGACCAUAUAUAGGGAAUGGUAAUGGGUAAUGCGAUAGGUUUGUCGGUGGGGGGGAUUUGGGGGAUAAACGGGAAUGUAUGCGCAAACACAGAUGCAGGAUAAAAACAAUUCAAUUACAACAUUGAGAGGUGGUAUACAGAGAGCAAGAAACUAGCCAA